AUGUCUACUUCUUCUACACCAACACCAAACCUGUUCCAACAGGUUGACGUGGGCCGACUGACUCUACGCCAUCGCCUUGCUCUCGCCCCCCUUACCCGAUUUCGCGCUGAUACUGCGCAUGUUCCCCUCCUCCCCAUCGCCUCUGAAUACUACGCCCAGAGGGGGAGUACACCUGGAACGCUCUUGAUCACAGAGGCGACUCUAGUUGGCCCACAGGCCGGAGGAUAUAGUAACUUGCCUGGAAUAUGGUCUGACACCCAAAUUGCGGCCUGGAAGAAGAUAACCACGGCCGUACAUGCACGCGGAUCAUAUAUGUACCUCCAAAUUUGGGCCCUUGGCAGAACUGCGGACCCCGGGUUCUUGAGUGCAGCAGGACUAGAUCUAGUGUCUGCAUCUGGCAUUCCUCUCAGCUACCAGCCUACACCAGUACCCCGUGCUCUCACCAUUGCAGAAAUCAAGGAGUACGUUCAGCUAUUUGCGAAGGCAGCAUCGAACGCCGUCUACCUCGCCGGAUUUGAUGGCGUGGAGAUUCAUGGUGCCAAUGGCUACCUUGUGGACCAGUUCCUGCAAGACAUGUCGAACAAACGGACGGAUGAGUAUGGAGGCAGUCCCGAGAACCGUGCGAGGUUCGGCCUGGAAAUUCUGGAGGCCGUGGCCAAAGAGAUUGGAGCAGAUAGAAUGGGCAUCCGGAUCAGCCCUUGGGGUAAGUACCAGGACAUGGGGAUGGCAGACCCCAAGCCGACCUACACGUACUUCGUCGAGCAGAUGAAGGAGCGGUUCCCAGUCAUGGCAUAUCUGCAUGUUACUGAGCCACGGGUGGGAGCGGAACUAGGGCUGGAGGGUGCGGAUGGAAAGGAGAGGGCCGAAGGCAGUAUUUCUACAGAAGAGGAGAACGAUUUCCUUCGCAGAAUAUGGUCACCCCGACCUUUCAUCACGGCUGGCGGAUAUACCAGGGAGCUCGCGAUCAAGGCUGCUGAAAGAGGCGACAUCAUUGCCGUUGGGCGAUAUUUCCUUGCCAACCCUGACCUACCUUUGCGGUGGAAGGAAGACUUGCCGUUGAACUCGUACGAUAGAUCGACAUUCUAUGUCCCAGGGGACGUUUCAGGAAAGGGAUACUCCGACUAUCCUUUCAUCGACGGAACGACAUCGAUACCGCCCCUUACGGUAAAUUUCCGCAAGGUUCUCGCGUAG